CCAUUAAACAAAUCGCUUUGAUUUUCUAAACCCUAAAAGUUAAUUAUCUUUUAAUUAUUUUAUUUUCUAUAAAUUUCCCUAACAUGUUUACACAUCUCGCUCACAAAUUAAAACCCCAUAAAUCAUAAUCACACUCAGGAAUCUUAAAACGCAAUAUCACAGAAGAAUCCAAUUCAACGAUCUCCGAAGAGCUUCAUUUCUUGCACCCCAAUUGGAACAAGAAGCGAACUUGGGAUCUGGGUAUCUAAUUUUCGAACACUAUCUAUGGGGAAUGAUUCAGGGUCACCGCAGGGUCCGGUUACGUGCGGGUCGUGGAUUCGGAGGCCCGAUAAUCUGAAUUUGGUGGUGUUAGGAAAGUCCAGACGUGGCAGUUCUUGUCCUUCUCUACUCGAGAUUUUCUCCUUCGCUCCUAAGACCACUUCUUUGUCUACCUCUCCUCUGGCCACUUAUGUGUUGGAAGCGGAGGAAGGUGAUCCUAUUGCUAUUGCUGUUCAUCCUAGUGGGGAUGAUUUUGUGUGCGCUUUAAGCAAUGGUAGCUGCAAAUUGUUUGAGUUGUAUGGUCGUGAAACAAACAUGAAGUUGUUGGCUAAGGAACUGGCUCCUCUACAGGGUAUUGGUCCCCAGAACUGCAUUACUUUUAGUGUUGAUGGGUCUAAGUUUGCUGCUGGUGGGUUGGAUGGACAUCUCAGAAUUAUGGAGUGGCCUGGUAUGCGCAUGAUUUUGGAUGAACCAAGAGCUCACAAAUCAGUCCGGGAUAUGGAUUUUAGUCUAGGCUCAGAAUUUCUAGCUUCAACUUCUACUGAUGGUUUAGCAAGAAUCUGGAAUAUUGAAGAUGGUGUUCCUUUAUCUACUUUAUCUCGCAACUCGGAUGAAAAGAUUGAAUUGUGUCGAUUUUCAAAGGAUGGAACCAAACCAUUUUUAUUUUGCUCCGUUCAAAAAGGUGAUACUUCUGUCAUUGCGGUUUAUGAUAUUAGCACAUGGAAUAAAAUUGGGCAUAAGAAACUGAUUAGAAAGUCUGCUUCAGUAAUGUCCAUUAGCCAUGAUGGGAAAUACCUUUCUCUGGGAAGUAAAGAUGGAGACAUAUGUGUAGUUGAAGUAAAGAAAAUGCAGAUACACCAUUAUAGCAAAAGACUACACCUGGGUACAAAGAUUUCAUCGCUUGAGUUCUGUCCUAGGGAAAGGGUUGUACUUACAACCUCAGUAGAAUGGGGAGCGCUGGUCACUAAGCUGACUGUACCUAAGGAUUGGAAAGAGUGGCAGAUCUAUUUGGUGCUUUUGGGACUAUUUUUAGCAUCAGCUGUUGCAUUUUACAUAUUCUUUGAGAACUCAGAUUCAUUCUGGAACUUUCCCAUGGGUAAAGACCAACCAGCAAGACCAAGGUUCAAACCAAUGUUAAGGGAUCCCCAGUCUUAUGAUGAUCAAAAUAUUUGGGGACCAGUAGAUAUGUGAUGACAUUGUCAAGUCUUGAUUUAGUCUUCACUCUUCAGUGCUGUUGGAAGCUGUAUUAGUGUACGCGGGAUCAACAUUUAUUUAAUUUAGCCCUUGUAGACAUAGGCAGUUGACUGGUAUUAUAACAUUUUUAUUUUUUGGGUGAAAAUUCUGAACCUAAGGGCCAUUAUUGAUAAGUAAUCUUAAUAGAAACUUUAGGAAUAAUCAAAUAUCCUCCUUAAAUUUACAAGUUGCACGUAAGGCACUGCUUUGUAGAAUUGUGAUAUAUUUCCAUUUUUCUUAUUUUCA